GAGAGUCGGACGGUUGUCAGUUAGCGGGAGACCCGCGACGGUGUUGAGCGUGUUUUGAAUCGUACUACCCCGUUGUGUCAGAGAAAGCACGUGACUCAUGAGAAGCGGAAGUCGAGAAGGAAGAGGAGGAACGGCCCCGCCGAGUCCUGCGGUCAACAUCACAGCAAUGCACAGGAUCGCGUAUUGCGGUGCGUUGUUGCUGUUGGUUGCGGUAACAAGCACAAAUUCGACAAAAUGCUCGCGGCUCAUAGACGGUGUCACGAGGCCACGAGCCAGCGCCGAGGGCAAGUACCACUUUUUCGUGACGCUGUUCAACAGGACCGAACACGUGAACGAUUAUAUGCCAAACACCCGGUACAGUGUGAUCCUGCGAUCGGACAACACUGAUCAGGUACCUCGCAAGUUCACGAGAUUCCUCAUAUCCGUUGAAGCCGAGAACAUGAAUGAGACUGCCGACGCAGGUGUCUUUGAUCUUCAGGACGACAUGAUGACCAAAUUCGCAGAUAACUGUGCAAAUGCCGUCGUGGAGACGUCCAAAGUACACAAGAAUGAGAUAUCUCUGGUCUGGACCAGUCCUGCCGAAGGUAGCGGUUGCAUCCUUCUCAGAGCGACAGUAUUGGAGACACCGGACACGUGGUACAUGGAUGACUCCGAAUUAGUUAUCAACAUAUGUCAAGAUUCGAGAGCGGAGGCGGAUGAUCAAGGUCCGGUUUUGCAAGACUGCUGCGCCUGUGACGAGGCCAAAUACGAAGUGACUUUCGAAGGGCUUUGGUCGCGCAACACACAUCCCAAGGAUUUUCCGAGUAAGGGCUGGCUGAUUCGAUUUUCGGAUGUAAUCGGCGCGUCUCAUACCGGUGAAUAUCAUUUCUGGAAAUACAAUGGGAAAGCUAGUACCGGACUGCGACAAGUGGCCGAGCUUGGUUCGACGCGGAAGUUGGAGUCCGAAUUAAAAGCCAAGAGUGAAGACAUCAGAACUAUAAUAAAAGCCAGAGGGAUCAGUUAUCCAAAUGUGACGGGUAAAACUUUUGCUGUCUUCCGGGUGGACCGCAAGCAUCACUUGAUGUCCCUUGUGUCCAUGAUCGAUCCAUCGCCCGAUUGGAUAGUGGGUGUUUCCGGCUUAGAACUUUGCCUGCCCAAUUGCUCCUGGAUCGAACACAAGGAGCUGAAUCUGUAUCCUUACGACGCUGGCACCGAUGAUGGCAUCACUUACGUGUCACCAGACUCGCCGACGGAGCCGCAGGAAUUGAUACGGCGCAUCACGUCGACGUAUCCGAAUGACUCGAGAUCACCCUUUUACGAUCCGUCGGGGCUGGACAUGAAACCCCUGGCGAAGCUCUAUUUGAACAGGCAGAGAUUGUACGAGAAGACCUGCGACAUCGCCGGCGACCCGGAUGAUGCAGAAACCUGUAAAGUAACAUCUUGGGGCGAAUGGACCGCGUGUUCCGUUACCUGCGGUAGAGGACAUCAAUUGCGACAACGCCACUUCAUGGACGAAACGGCGAGCACGAGCAAGUGCAGUACAUCCCUCACGGAUCGACGUAACUGUUACAACACGCAGAGCCCUUCCUGCCCCGACAACGGUCGCCACGACGGCAUCCUCGAGAGUGACAAGUGCGAACUAACCACGUGGAGCUCGUGGUCUGCGUGUUCGUCGACCUGCGGCGAGGCCAGCAAGACGCGAGACAGGAAAUUCCGGAAGAAGAAGUUCCGGAAGCAGUGCAUGGCCGUGCCGAACGGGCCGCCGCUGCAGCAGUCCAUCGAGUGCGAAAACGACCCAUGCGAGGGCGAGGACGAGGAGGUAAGCGAAGCGGAAAGUCAGUUGGAGGAACAGGACUUUGAUUAUGCCUAUGAGAGGGCGGAUGCGGCAGGGGAGAUAACACAGGAGUGGCUACAGAAAUGUCCCCCCGACCGCUACACAGAGUGGUCCAUGUGGUCGCCGUGCACCUCCAGCUGCGGGCCCGGCGUCAAAGUGAGAUCCAGACUGCUGUGGGACAACAAGUCCUGGAUUAGUUCAGAUAGAAACGACAACGACGAGGACAAUCACGAGGAGUGCAAGAUACAGCAGGCCUCGUGCAUGGCUCAAAUCUCGAACUGCGAUUUUUCGAAGGAUGAAGCGGAGAACAUCUGCAGCGAGCCGCUGGAGAAGGGAAACUGUAAGGGCCGCGUGCUACGUGUGUAUUUCAACAAACAAACAGGCAACUGCCAAUGGUUCAGCUACUCAGGAUGCAACGGUAACCGGAAUAAUUUCCCGACAAUAGUGGAUUGCAAUUACGUCUGCGGUGAUUUCCAAAGGGAAUUGAGGGCGAAUCUGUCGGCGAUCAUGAAAAACUUUAAGGUAUCCCUCAGCAGUGUCCUCAGCUAUCAUAUCCCUGUGCAAGAGCAGCGCAGCACGAAGGCGAAGAGAGCGCAAUACGGUGACCAGCGUUUUAAAGGCUUUCAACCGAGUAGUCAGAUAAUGGAAUCGAGCGAGGAUAAUAAAGUGGACUGCGAAGUCUCCGAGUGGAGUGAAUGGUCGCAUUGCAAGAACUGUCGUGGGUACACCAUCAGCACUCGGCAUGUUACGAUACCACCUAAAGGCGGAGGAAAGAAUUGUCCGAAAAAGCUUUUCCGCAAAAAGAAAUGUCACAAGACUCAAGAAUGCUCUUCACCAACCGACGGAACAGGUCGCCGUUAUUAUCGCGACAGGAAUACUGGAAACGAUCGCGAGAUUUCCGUAGAUUGCAAGGUGACGAAGUGGUCAGCGUGGUCGAAAUGCAGUGCGACUUGCGGCGUGGCUUUGCGCACCAGAGUCAGAAGCGUGAUGGUGCAGCCGCGUGGAUUAUGGGCCAAGCUCUGUCCAGCUCUAGCAGAGUUUAAGAAGUGCCCCAAAAUCGAUUGUCCUCAAUAACAAAUGUCCCCUUUUCAUCAUUCUCCAUCGCUAUUCUGUCGACAAGUACAGAAGACAUUGAUGCGCGGCUAUGAAUUUGUCCAGGAUCAUAUGUUUAAUUUACAGGACUCUUGUUAGACUGAUUAGCAACGUCCCUUCUUAAAUAUCGCACGCAAUAUCGAAAUCUCAGAGCGUAUAAGCAUAAAAGAGAUAGAAGAUAUCUCGAGGACGAGCAGCAAUUUUAUCCUACGGAAGUUUUUGCGUUUACGGUAAAUGUUCAAAGUUUUGCGAGCAAGAGAACAUUCGAGUUCUUGAAUUUGAAUCGUCAUUAAAUUGAUAAAACUAAAUGCUCUUCGUUAGGGUAAAAGGGAUGGAUUGGAUAUAGUUGCGUAAUGGAGAAACUGAUUCAUAGAUUCCUAGCGAAAUGUGUCCAAAGUAGAGAAAAUUAGAAUCAAUGAUUAUGACAGACAAUCUGAAAUAAUUACGACGCAUUGCGAUUUAUUAAUUAUUUUCAGUAUAACACCGGGAAGCAAAAUUGUUGUAUCUGUAAUUUGCAAGAAAGUUAUAACGAAAAGAGAAUCAGGGGUAGAAAUCGAUUUUAUGUAGCUAUAUCCACCUUCUGUCUUCCAGCGUGAUUUACUACGCACAGGAUAAUCGUACCGCAGAUGAUUGCGACUUCAUCGUGUCAAUAUACUGGAUUAUAAUUUAAUGAUAGAUUUAGAUGUGCGACGCGAUGUAUUAGUAAAAUACAUUGCUCUACUUAAUUUAAAGCUAUGACACAAGACACGAUAUCUUCCCGGCAAGGGAAAUGGAAAUUAAGUUAAGGCGAACAUGGAUUUGCAUUCCAACGCGUCAGUUGUGCUUAGAAAGUGAGAAAGCAUCAGAAUUUUUGCGAGUGUAUCCGUAUUAUCAUAAUCAAAUAGUCGAAUACGUGUAUAGUUUCUUCGUGAAUCGCGUCAGCUGAUGAUAUUUAAUCCAAUUCAAAGUGCGAGAAGCGAGAACUGAACCAUAAAUCAGUCGCGGCACAUAUUACGUUAGUUAAAUUACUCGUUUCUGUAGCGCAAAACACAGGUAAAGCGCGUGCAAACGCUCGUAACAAUAACGUUUUCUCGCACGUAACGCGCGUCGCAUUCAUGGCAUUUAUCGUGCAUUGCAGAUCUCAGUGUAAGACCAAAGUUUAUAAUAGCUUCAAUUGUGAGGGCCGAGAGAGCCGCGAGGUAUUUUAAAGUAUGAUUGUAAAAGCGCGACGUAGACAUAUCAGUAGGUAGUAAGCCGUUUGUUUAACGCAUAAUGAGACGUUUUAUCGACGUGUGUGAAAUUCUUUUCACCGACAAUAAGAAAAGAAAGAAUAGGUAUGCUACAAGAAAGGCUAUUUAAAUGUUAUCUUUUUGUAAAAUCACUAUAUAUAUCAUAUAUUCGUACAUAUAUACAGAAUAAAAAUAAUCUCUAUAAAUAUAUUCACGUAAAGUAUGUAUACUUCUGACUCCAUUGUCUCGCGUCGAGAGUAUUUCCUCGAGCUGAUAAUAAAUUAUUAGUAAUUAAUUAUAUACUCAUAUAAUUAAUUAUACACAUUUAUUCGGC